AUGACCUAUGCUGAUUUUGGCGGACCGUGUCGGUCGAAAUGGAAGGAUUUGAAGCAUAAGGUGUUGGGUUUUUGUGGUAUCUACAAUGUUGAGAAAAGUAAGAUGUUGAGUGGCCAAAAUGACGAGGAUGUGUUUAAGGCGGUCGUGUCAUUGUAUAUGCGGAAAUACAAUAACAAGUCCGGGUUUCCGCAUGUAGAGGCGUGGCAAGUUUUGAGGAAUGGGCCGAAAUGGUCGAAGAUUCUUACUUUGGAAGGGAUUUGUGAGGAGUCGGGUAGCAAAAGGGCAAGAACAGAAGGGUCAAAUGUCAAUGUACAUUCAUCCGAGGAGGCAUCGGUCCAUAUUGACUUGAAUGAGGACCAGUUGGAGCAAGAAGAGGAGGUGGGAACGACAUGGAUGCACCAGUACAUGCUGCUAGACCCGUGCCGCUCCGCCGUAAAUCUAAAGAUGGUCGCGGAGUUGAAAUGCGACAAUGAGGAUAAAAAACGAGCUUGGGAUGAGAAGAUGCAGAUGCAAAAGGCGAUGAUGGAUAGCUAUAUGGAGGCGGAGGAGGCUAGGAAGAAACGGGAGGAGGAGAUGACACGGAUGGUCCAAAGUCAGCAGCGACAGAAUGAUAUGGACUUCGUGAUCAGGCCACACGAUCACCUCAGCGGACCGAUGUUGGAGAUGGUUUUGGCGCAGAAACGCGCCCUUUGUGAGCAGUACGGAUGA